GAAUAUUUCACGCCUCCGUAAAAAGGAAAUUCGAGUUUCGUCGAGAGGCGGCUGCCUUGGAAACAGCAGUCGAGGAGCAUCAACGUGGAUUCACUCACUUCUCACUGCUCUUCACUCGGCUCGACAUGCUGACGGACAAGUUUCUUCGACUGCAGUCCAGUUUCUUUCGCCUCCUGGGACUGGAAUUGCUGGACAAGCUGGAUGUGAAUGGGAGUCACCGAUAUCCCCGGCGAAGCAUCUGCUGCAUCCUCUCGGUGGCCACCUUUCUACCCCUCACCAUCGCAUUUGGACUACAAAACAUCCAGAAUGUGGACCAAUUGACCGACUCACUCUGCUCGGUCCUUGUCGAUUUGCUGGCCCUCUGCAAGAUCGGUUUUUUUCUUUGGCUCUAUAAGGACUUUAGGUUGCUAAUACAGCAGUUCCACCAAAUUCUGCAGAGGGAAAAUCUCUGGGCUGUUGGAGAAAGAAUCAUAUCCACAGAAAAUCAUCAAGACCAGUUUAUCAGUUCCUUAUAUAGCUACUGCUUUGUAACGGCCGGUCUUUCAGCCUGUCUGAUGUCCCCUUUAUCUAUGUUGGUCAACUACCAUCGAACAGGUCAACUGCAACCGGACUUGCCUUUUCCCAGCGUGUAUCCAUGGGAUAAUAAUCGUAUCUUAACCUACUCUCUAUCCUAUUUGUGGAAUGUGAGUGCUGCUCUGGGCGUGGCUUUGCCCACCGUUUGCGUGGACACCCUUUUCAGUUCCCUGAGCCAUAAUCUCAGUGCUCUCUUCAGGAUAGCCCGUGAAAAAAUGAUGCACUUUGAGGGUAGAAGUCCUUUGGAGACUCGUGAGAACCUGGUGCAUAUAUUUACAUUAUAUGAAGAGUGCUUAGAACUUGGAAAUUCCUUAAAUGGCUUCUUCAGGCCGCUCAUCUUUGCCCAAUUUGUGGCGGCCUCGUUACAUUUGUGUGUCCUGUGUUACCAACUAUCUGCCCAUCUUCUCCAGCCAGCUAUGUUAUUCUACUUUGCAUUCACGGCAGCUAUUAUCGGCCAGGUUUCCAUUUAUUGCUUCUGCGGAUCGAGCGUCAAUACGGAGAGUCAACUUUUUGGCCAGGCCAUCUACGAGAGCAACUGGCUCCAGCUUUUGCAGGAAAACUGCCAGCUUGUGAGAUCUUUGGAGAUAGCCAUGAUGCGGUCGAGAAGGGGAUGCCCCAUCAACGGUUACUUCUUCGAGGCCAAUCGGCAGACACUUGUCAUGAUUGUGCGCAGUGCCAUCUCCUAUGUAACGCUCCUCAGAUCGCUGGCCUAGCUGCCCCAGACCCCCAUUUCAUUAUUCAGGGACUUGUUCUGGUUUGUUUAAGUCCGGAAAUAUUUACAAUUAUGCUUUAAGCCGGUGUUGUUACAGCCAGUUGGCUAAUUAAGCCAUGUUAAUGGCAAUAACUGCUAUGGAAAACCAGUGCCUGGGCCUGUUAAUGCCUUUUGCAUUAUUGGCCUUGCUUGCCGCCCAACCCCAUCAGGACAUUGAACGCACGUAUACGUAAUAUUUGCAGUUGUCCGUUUGGCCGCUGCUGUAAUUUGCUCUUGUUGUUUUUGUGUUUGGUUUGUGUUGUCCUUUUUUGUUUUUUUGGUUUUUUAUUUCUGUCGUCCUCGCACAACAUUGCGGUUGUCUGCACGUGCUCGACGAACGAUUAUGUAUAAAAGUGUGACAUGGUCAAAGGAUUUGGCCGAUUUAACUUUGUUUUGGCCGAUAGACGGGUGGGGAGGGGCUUUUCCGCCCCCGCAUGUGUGACCCGUGUCUGUGUGGGAUGCUGCACGUGAGUGCGGUUGGGAAAAAGCCAAUUGCAGUGGCCGGGGCUUCAGCGCAUCCGCAGGCAGCGCUUUAGUCAUAAACUGCACGCAACACGGCGGCUUAAGUUUAGCCGAUUUUGUAAUUUGUUUGUAGCCACAAUGCGAUUGCUAACGGGCUCUAAACUGCACACAACAAAAAUAUUGUUUAA